UUGGCAAAGUUCAGGUAACUUGGCAGAGAGUGGUUAACAGUCACAGCAACCUUCUGUCCAUUCUUCCAUUUCCAUAUUAUAGCUUUGAAGAUAUGUUAACUUAUAGCUUCAGAUAAUUGUAGAAGCAGAGGAUUAAAGAUAAUAAUAGAUCUUUAUAUCUUUCCUGAAAAGCUAAAGGCUAAGGCUAACAAAGGUCUUUGGGAUCAGAUUUAUGGGUCGUGGAAAAAUACCAAUUAAAAGAAUAGAAAACCAGACGACGAGGCAAGUCACCUUCUCCAAGCGAAGAGCUGGUCUUCUGAAGAAGACUCAUGAACUUUCAGUGCUUUGUGAGGCUCAAAUUGGUCUCAUCAUCUUUUCUAGCACUGGAAAACUGUGCCAGUACUGCACUGAGCCUUUCAGGAUGAAGCAAAUUAUAGAAAGAUAUCAGAAGCUUAGGGGGAACAGUAUUCCUGAGCAUGAUAGUUUAAGGGAACAUCUAUAUGGGGAGUUGGCAAUGCUAAGGAAAGAAACUUGCCGUCUUCAAUUAAAUCUGCAGCUUUACAGAGGUGAAGACAUGAGUUCCAUUUCUUUUGAGGAUUUAGGUGAACUCGAACAAAAACUAGAAUCCUCUGUUGCCAAGAUCCGCAACCGGAAGAAUGAACUCUUGCAACAGCAACUGGAUAAUCUGCGGAAGAAGGAGCGAAUGUUGGAGGAGGAAAAUGGCAAUAUUUACCGUUGGAUCCAGGAUCAACGUGUCGCAAUGGAGUAUCACCAGGUAACAAUAGAAGCAAAACCAGCGGAGCAUCAACAAGUUCUUGAACAAUUCCCAUUCUGUGGAGAACCAAGUAGUCUCCUUCAGCUUGCAAUCAUUCCUUCUCAAAUUCAGUCGUACCAUCUCCAGCUUGCUCAGCCCAACCUUCAAGGCUUUUGCAGAACUGUAAUGUUUUGAGAGAAGCGCUUCUUGGGUACAAGUAUUGUGCAAUUAACAGCAGACAGAAUGCAAGCAUUGCUUUUGAGACAGACUGUUCAUAUAUUUGGUUUCUCACUGCAUUAAUGUUCUUCAAAUUAUGGCUUGGAGUGAUAAUUAAACAAUAGUGGUGUGUCAUCUUUGAGCCGAAAAUAAUCUAGCAUAAUUUGAACAUUUGAAACUUUUCUUUGUAUGUAUAUCCUGGUAUUCUAUAGAGUUAUGUGUUUGUGUUC